AUGAACAACAGCACAAACAUCACAUUUGAAGAGAGUGACUCCUCUUUUGGAAAUGCGGCCUUAACUGAGAUUAUACUUGACACAUUUUAUGGAAUCAUCGGUGUCACGGGCGUUUUGGGCAACUUUCUCGUGAUCCUUGUUAUUAUCAAAGUUAAAAGCCUGAGAUCUAUCACCAAUAUGUUCAUUGCACACCAAUCAAUUAUUGACAUGAUGACGUCAUUAAUUUUGCUGAUACUUAACUUGGGACCUGUGAUUAUAGCACCCCCUGGACCGUGGGGGACGUUUCUCUGUAUGUUCUGGAUCUCACGUUAUUUGAUGUGGGCUCUUAUAACUGUGUCGACUCUCAAUUUGGUUGGGCUGACGCUAGAGCGGUAUUACGCAAUCGUCUACCCUAUCAGUCACCAUACCAAAUUCAAUACAGAUAAGGUAAAGAUAGUAUUCGCCAUUGAAUGGAUUCUUGGUUUUCUUGUUGAAGGUUACUGGGCUUUAAUACAAGUCAAUAUUGGUGGAUACUGCAUCCCGAUAUGGCCGAACGUAUUCCUGCAACGUUUCUGUGGAACAAUGGUGUUCGCCUUUCAGUUCUUCAUACCGAUUGUUGUGAUGGCAAUGGCGUACAUCCGCAUCAACCUUUCCUUGGCGAGUCAAGCACGCAGUGGAGAUACAGCGUUGCAGCGAUCCCGACGCAAUGUUAUCAAAACGCUGGUAAUCGUUGUCAUUGCUUACACAAUCUGCUGGACACCAAACGCUUUCGCUUUUUACCAGUACAACCUUGGUGGAUAUCUCGAUUUUAACUCACCAUUCACUCACUAUACUACCAUCUCGGCAUUUCUCAACAUGUGUAUUAACCCAGUCAUAUAUGCUCUUAAGUACGACAACUUCAAAAAGGGUCUGAGGAAAAUCUUUUGUGGUAAAGAAACACAGAUCACUCCAAUUGACUUGCCGCUCACGAACUCUACUGCAGCGUCUACUGUUCAAACUACCCAGUCCCCGUCAUUACAAGUACCAACUCCUGUGCAUUAA